GCGAAGUGUCAAGACAACGGCUUCAUUUUUCGGAAAUUGUAAACGGUCGAUUGCAUUGUGCUACGGAUUUGUUGAAAAAAGUUAAUAUUUUAUUAAGUUGUUUGUUGAAAGAUACACAAUGUCGUACACCGAAUACUCAAAGGAGCUAGAAGCGUUUAUAGCCAAGCAAAGACAGUUACUAGAGUUGGAUAAGGAGCGUAUUCAGCGUAUCAAGCAGGAAGACCCACACACACAACAUACACCUUCCCGCGCGGAAGAAUUGCAAAAGGAUGAUCAUUCCCUGGAAGAGAUAGCUAGCGACAACUGUCCCGCCAACGAUAAGCUAUCGAAGGAAAAGGUCAACUCUCAGCUUAGUAAGAAAACGGCCACCGUACCCGAGGUGGAAGCCGGUCCAAGCGGAAAAGCACCCCCCAAGCGAAAUGUUCCUUCGACCAGCUCUAUUGAUUCAUGGACAAACAUGGACCACCGGGCGCGCAAUGUUGUGGCCGCCCCGACGACACCAACCGAUGCAGCACCAUCACCACCACCAGCAACAGUCCUGUCGGCAGCCCGUGCGAAACAAAUGUCACCGCAACAGGAUGAGAUGGAACAGUGGGUCUCGGAUACGUUCUUUUCGUACUUUCCGAGUUUCAACAAAAAGCAGAAGGAAAAGAAAACGGUCCUGUCCCGUACGCGCCAGCAGGAGUAUCAAGAGUAUUUGAAAAAUGUAAAUUUCAUUGCUAACGCGAUCCCGGAAGUGACGACGAAACACCAGCAGUACAUGCAGAAGUACGGCACGGGCAAAUCACCCGGCGGAACGGAAGCAACCAAUGAGAAGGGAACUGGCAACGCUCCUACAAGCCCGCCGGCUGGUGCUGGCACUGGCCCUGGUGGUGGUGCCACUGGUCAACCACAGGUCCGCUUUGGCAAGUCACUGGUGGCGGAGGGGAACUCCAACUACCGCAAAGGUAGCCCGCGUGAGAAGUUGAUCCAAGAUUUAGCCCAUACUGAUCUGCCUACCAUUCUUAACACAGACACUAUCGAUCGCAGGAACAGGAUGUUGGCCGAUGAGGAAAGCCGCCGUAAGCUGGAAUACCAGAAGGAGCUCAUCAAGCAGAUCGAGGAAAAGCGCAAAGAGGUCGAACGGUUGCGCGAGAAGGAAAAGCUCGAAGAGGAAAUGCUGACCAGCCGACUAGAGCAACAGCUGAAAACGAUGCAGCUAGAGGAGCAGCUCGAGCACGAGCGGCUGCGCAGCGAGAAGAUCCGCAUCGCCAACGAGCAGAACCACAUCCGCCGGCUGCAGCUGCUCGCGAACCUGGAGAACGAUCACAAAGUCUUCAACCCGUACGAUGGCCAGCGGAAAGCAUUUUCGGAAAAUGGCGGUAAAGCCGCCGCGGCGGCUGCUUCCUCCGAGACCAAGCCAACCGUUCCGCAACCGAACGGCGGGGCCUUCUCUUCCGGCGACGAGCGGACAAAGGCGGCGUACCAGCGGUACAUAAGCAACUCGGCCACCCAGCAGCAGGAAAAACAGCAACCCACCACCCAUCUGCAUCCGUUCGUGUCGGUUGCGCCAGCCGUCUCUACGAACGCGCUCGCCCUGUCCACCGAGCAGGAGGACUAUGAAUCUUCCAGCGAAACGACGGCCGACACGUCGGUGAUGGUGGGAGGAGGAGGAGGAGCGGUGGAGGAUCAUCGGUUCCAGUACUGUAAGAGCUGCCGGGCGGACGGUGAUCGGUCGCGUCUUCCAUUGCAGCCAGCGCUGGGGAAGCACAGCAAGCGCCGGCAGCAUUGCGCCAAGUGUAAACGACCGGAGGCGUACAAUGGUGGCAAGCGGGGAGAGGACGCCAAUAGUCGCUGCAUAAGAUGCGAACGGACAAUGAAGCGAGCGAUGAAUGGAACGAAGGGAGCAUCGCUGUGUGCCGUCUGCACACUGUCGACGGAGGCGGACCAACAGAACAAAAACUUCCUCUACCAUCCGAAGAAGCAGCAGUAUCAUCACACGGAGCGGCGGCAUCAUCGCGCCCCACUCGAAACGGACGACGAUGAUGUGCAGGUACAUCGGGCGGUGGCCAACACCACCACCACCGCUACCGUUUCACCGUCGCAGAAGAACCCCUUCAAGGUGAUCGACAUCCAGUAUCACGAGAGUGACAACGAGCACGGCGACCUGGACGUGCUGAAUCCGGUGAUUGUGCGCAACAACUACCGCAAGCCACCGUUCUCGCUCAACAUCGACAAGGAUUCGCUGUUCCAUCCGAGCAAGAAGCCACCGGAACCGGUCUUCACCGUGAACAUUCGCAACGGGGAGGUGUUUGUGGACAAUAAGCUGCGAUCGGGAGGGGCGGGAAGGCCGUCCCGAUACGCUCCGCCCGACAGCCCACCGCUGUCCGAUGGGGACGGGGAAACUUCGUCCGCCACCGUCGGGGACGAUCUGAUGGAUGACCGGAUUGCCAAGUACGUGCGACACUACAACACGCUUUGGAUGAAGCGUGGCAAUGGUAGAAAGGGCAACAGUAAUGGGCAACAGCACAACGAUUACCAUCAUCAUCAUCAUUCUUCCCAUCAUCAUCAACACCACCAUAAUCAUCGUGAGCAGGAGCAGCACAGCAAUGAUCGUGCGAAGGGGAACAAAACCGGACCACUGCUUCCAUCGCUUUCGCCCCCGAAAGUGUACGUAAGUGAUCGACCGGACAAUCUGAAAAGUGACGCCCUGAAGCUGAUGGAGAAGAAAUGGGAGGUACCCGCCGUUGAACGGACCAAAGUGAAUGAAAAGGGAUCAACGCGUGUGUUGACGCAGCUCGGGGCGAUCCGAAAGCAGCUACAGCUGGAACAGCUACAGAUGGAUGGUGGUCCAUCGGGAUAUUCGAAGAAUUAUUAGGAUUAUUUGGUGGUUACCUCAAGCGCCUUUUUUUUGGUACUUUUUUCCGUCCAUUUUAGUAGAAGCAUUUUGAAUUAAAGUAACCGUUAGUUGGACUUUUUUUGUUGUUGUAUGCGGCGAUCGUGAAAUCAGCUUAAAGUUGAACUCAAUGGCGCACAGUGCCUGAUUGAAUUAAACCGUUGAACCGUUUUAGCCCGUAAGCUUUGAUGAACUUGAAUAAACUUGACGAGGAAGGGAAUAUUUCAUUCCCAAACCGAAAA